UUAGAUUGGAUGCGUGAUUUGAUGAGAGAUCAUAGGCGCAAACAUAGAUUGCUUGCUAGACAAUAUCCAGGAUGGAAGUCCUAUUUUUACUCCCAAUUUGAUUCAAUGCAGUCAUGGCUGCUUGUGUCAAUCAUAGGUAUUUCUAUUGGCUGUGCCGCUGCGUGGAUCGAUAUCAUUGCUGCCUGGCUGACAGAUAUCAAGCAGGGCGUAUGCAUCACCGAGUGGUAUCUCAGUAAAGAUAUCUGCUGCACUGGGCUCGUACGAACAGAUGGAUACUGUAGAGAUUUUCAACCAUGGAGUUGGGUCAUAUUUGGAGCAAAAUACAAUGUGCUGGUCAAUUUUGUAUUGUAUGGCUUGUUUUCGAUUGUGUUUGCAGCGUGUUCUGCUAUCAUGGUUACACGACUUGCAAUGUACGCAGCUGGAUCUGGUGCUGCUGAAAUCAAAACCAUUUUGGGUGGAUUUAUCAUCAAAGAGUUUUUGGGAUUACGCACACUAAUAGUCAAAAGUCUUGCAUUGCCUCUUGCAGUCGCCUCGGGUUUAGCAGUUGGAAAAGAGGAACCCAUGGUACAUAUUGCAUGCAGUAUUGGCAAUAUUUUUCCUCGGCUAUUUCCAAAAUAUAAAGCCAAUGAAGCACGAAAAAGGGAGAUACUGUCAGCGUCUGCUGCUGCUGGAAUUGCAGUUGCUUUUGGAGCUCCAAUCGGAGGUGUGUUGUUUUCUCUCGAGGAAUUGAGCUCGUUUUUUCCAACAAAAACGAUGCUGACCAGUUUUUUUUGUGCAUUGGUAUCACGUAUGACCUUGCAGUUUAUUGAUCCUUAUCGAGGAAAACGUGUCAUGUUCCAAGUGACACUUUCACGCAACUGGUUUUUUUUUGAAAUGAUUUCAUUUGUGCUUAUUGGAAUCAUUGGUGGACUUACGGGUGCGUUGGUGAUUCGAUGCAGUUUGUGGUAUCAAGCCUUUCGUCGCCAGAACGGAUGGUCAAAAUCUAGUCCAGUCAAAGAAAUUAUUCUUAUUUCUGCACUGACUGCUGCCAUUGGAUACAUGAAUGUGUUUACAAGGAUCGACAGUUUAGAGUUGCUCGAAACACUGUUCAAGGAAUGUGACACAUAUCAAGACAGUAUUGGCAUUUGCAGUACGCAGUGGGGAUACACGAUUGUAUUGCUUGUAUUUGCAUUGAUUAUCAGAACAAUUUUGACAACGAUUACUAUUGGCACCAAAGUGCCAUCAGGAAUAUUCAUUCCGUCAAUGGUAUGGGGAGCACUUUUUGGAAGAAUUCUCGGUAUUUCAGUUGAACAAUGGCAAAUUGCAUAUCCGCAUUUAGAUUUGUUUUUUAGUUGUCCACCAGAGAAAUCCUGUGUUACUCCAGGAAUGUACGCGCUGCUGGGAGCCAUGGCAGGACUGGGUGGAGUAACGAAGCUUACCGUGUCCCUUACAGUCAUCAUGUAUGAGCUUACUGGAACACUCAAUUAUAUUAUUCCUUGUAUGGUUACAGUCAUGGUGGCCAAACUUGUUGGUGAUUUAUUUGGACAUGGAGGUAUGGUCGAGGUCAUGAUUCGUAUCAAAGCAUUCCCUUUUCUUGACCCUAGAGUCGAUGAAAUUAUUGGUACCAACGUAAGUGAGGCAAUGACCAGCAUUGAUCAUUUGGUUUGCUUUAAGGGAAAAGGAAUGAUGCUAUCGGAUAUUGGUGAGUUGAAAGUCAUAUUUGCAUGCUUUCAUAAAGUGAUGAAAAAGGCUUUACUCGACUCUUAUGACUAUCAAGGAUUUCCAAUUAUUCAAUCGGAUCAAGAUACGAGCAUUGUUGGAUAUAUCACACGAGGCGAUCUUUUAUACGCAAUC